AUGGGGAAGAAGUACAAGGCCACGCCCAUGUCCAAGUGGUGCAACUCGGUGCUCUUGUCCGUGCAGUUUGCAGGUGUAUUCUGGGACGACAACAUCAAAAGCUCAGUCUCGGCUAGACUAGAAACAAAUGAAGUGAUUGCAUCUUGCUAUCGGAGAAUAGGUAAUAAUACAAGGAGUUCUUCAGACCGGGUAGUGUUGUCACCUAAGAAGGGGAAGGGAGUUCAGACAAAACAUGAACACGGUGGUUAA